GAUGAGAACCCGUGCCCUCGUCGUCGUCGUCGUUGGACAUCAUCCGUGAUGUACGCGAAAUCGUUCCCGUAACGUAGCGCUCCCGAGAUUACGAUAUUCCCGUUAUUCUGUGUCCCAGUACGCGUGUGAAAUAGGAAAGUGCAGUAGCGAAUUGCGUUUUUUUCUUUCUUGUUUUCCGUUCGUCCAUCAUCAAGUAUCCAGUUUGUGUAUGCGUGAACGGCCUGCGUUCGAUUUAUUAGUUCGUCGAUGGUCAGUUAGUGCCUGCACGUUUGCCGCAAGUGUUAAUUCGCACAAAAGAUAUGAAAAGUCAGCAAAGCGAAUCCAAGCGCCAAUAAACCCAUCGAUUUUGAUGAUGCCGUGCCAUAACACUCGCGGAAAAGUGCAGGAAAUUUGUCGCAAGGAAAAACGGCACUAGGUAGGCAAACAUUGGUGUUCGUGAGAAUCGCAGUAGACACCGCCAGCAGCCAGCAGCAGGAAAGCUGGAGACGUGUCCGGCGCUGAAGCAAUCGAGCACAGCCGAGGCAGGAGAAGGUGGUGGUGAGGGAAAAACAAGUUCGAGAGUGAAACAUCUUCGCGGGGAGGAAAAGCACGGGAGGUGGUUGAUUCCCGGGGCCGCCGAAAGGAAGUGAAAAGAAAGUACCGGCGAACGGGGGAAACCAAGCCCAAGAGUGAAAGAAGAGGCAAAGUGAAGCGAGCUUGCUCUUGCCAUCUUGUGUGUUCGGGAAAGGGCAACGCGAAAGACUCCGCAGCGCAGAGCAUUCCCGCGCCACGGGCCCAACACACCGAAGGAAAGAAAGCAGGAAGAGCAAACGGAAGAAAAGAAGGCCCGUGCAAGCCUACUGCGCCCUCAAACGGGGGGGGGGAAGAUCAAAGAAAGCUGCCAGUGAGGAGGCGGAAGAGUACUGGGUGCUCUUGUGCUCGCUCGUGUGUGCUGAGCUGCGGGGAAUCGUGCUGCCUUUUCUUCCCUAAACCUGUGUGUCUUUCGGUAAAGGGCAAGGGCUCUUGGAGUGUGUCCCCAGUGUGUGUGGUUGUGCAGCCAAAACGGGGGCAGGUCAGUGCCGACUGCGAAAAGCGAGCCGCACUGGAAGAAAGAUUGUGCGUGCUUGUGUGUUGUGUGUGUGUGUGUGCCAAAGUGUCGUGUGACGAAACGGGGUGCUCCGUAGAGCAGUGCGGGAGGAAAAUUGUUUUAAAACAUAUCCCCCACACGAUAAGAAAAUCGCGAGUGUAGGGUAUCAUAGCAAAACAAAAAGCGCAAACCUUGCGUUUUGGUUCAGGUGCCUGUGUCCAUUGUAAGUGUCCCGGGCUAGUCGGAGUUUUACUGCUGCUCGCCCGUUUUCCCGGCAGUGUCACCCAAGUGAGCUUCGUCAGCAGAGGCUGAGUUCUUUGGUUUCAGUUUUCCCUCGCGCCUUUGUCAGCGGAGAACCGACGCAAGAAACUUAAAGCGUCUUGAAAAUCGGGUCAACCGUUCCACAAAAAGGUGGAAAGCGGGAGAGAAAAGUUGCACACACACUCUCCUUCCCGGUUACCAUAGUGACCUCCGACGACAAACCUGGGCCCGGUUUUCGAGCGGGGUGAAUAAAAUCCUUCCGACAUCGAGAUCGUCGGCAAAAAAGAAACCAUCAAGAAGGACCUAUACCGGUUGUGCGAGCUGGAAAGGCUACACCGGCCUUUCUCCGGACCGACCUAGCGCGCUCGGGGCAACUACUACUGGCCGGGUAACUAAAGAGCAGCCGUUCGAGCUGUCGGGGCUGUGGUGGAGUUGCUGUCGCCUGUGCGCCGGUUGCUGCUGCGUCCGUCCGGCCACUAGCAGCAAGAUGGCGGCGACCAACAGAGUGCGGCCGCAGUCGCGCACGAACAUUUCGUUCUUCUCGAAGAUCCAGGGCAAGAUCAGCGACGCGUGCGCGCAGCAAAAGUUCCUCACCGACAAGAAGACGCUCGAGAAGACGUGGAAGCUGAUGGACAAGGUGGUCAAACUGUGUCAGCAGUCGAAGAUGAACCUCAAGAACAGCCCGCCGUUCAUACUGGACAUCCUGCCCGACACCUACCAGCGGCUGCACCUGAUAUACUCCAAGUACGAGGACCAGAUGCACCUGCUGCACUCGAACGAGCACUACAACAUCUUCAUCAACAACCUGAUGCGGAAGUGCAAGCAGGCGAUCAAGCUGUUCAAGGAGGGCAAGGAGAAGAUGUUCGACGAGAAUUCGCACUACCGGCGCAACCUCACCAAGCUCAGCCUGGUGUUCUCGCACAUGCUGUCCGAGCUGAAGGCCAUCUUUCCGAACGGGCUGUUCGCGGGUGACCAGUUUCGCAUCACCAAGGCGGAUGCGGCCGAAUUCUGGAAGACACGCUUCGGCAACAGCACACUCGUACCUUGGAAGCUGUUUCGAUUCGAGCUGUCCCAGGUGCAUCCGAUCUCCUCGGGGCUGGAAGCGAUGGCGCUUAAAACCACCAUAGACUUAACGUGCAAUGAUUAUAUAUCAAAUUUUGAAUUUGAUGUGUUUACAAGGCUGUUUCAACCCUGGAAUACGUUGCUGAGAAAUUGGCAAAUCCUUGCUGUGACCCACCCGGGCUACGUAGCUUUCCUAACCUACGACGAAGUCAAAGCACGCUUACAAAAGUAUAUCACUAAGGCUGGUAGUUAUGUUUUCAGAUUAUCCUGCACCCGGUUAGGACAGUGGGCGAUCGGGUACGUGACGCAAGAGGGCGAAAUCCUGCAGACGAUCCCACAGAACAAGUCAUUAUGUCAAGCUUUACUAGACGGCCAUAGGGAAGGGUUCUACCUGUACCCCGACGGCAAGCCAAACAACCCGGACCUCUCGUUUGCCGUGCAGAGUCCGCUCGAGGAUCAUAUCACCGUGACGCAGGAGCAGUACGAGCUUUACUGCGAGAUGGGAAGCACCUUCCAGUUGUGCAAAAUCUGUGCAGAGAACGACAAGGAUAUUCGCAUCGAGCCAUGCGGCCAUCUGCUGUGCACACCAUGCCUGACAGCGUGGCAGGUGGACUCGGAGGGACAGGGCUGUCCGUUCUGCCGGGCGGAAAUCAAGGGUACGGAACAGAUCGUUGUCGAUGCGUUCGAUCCGAAGCGGCAGCACAACCGCAACUCGGCCAACGGGCGCCAACAGCUGCAGAACGAUGACCACGACGACGAUACGGAGGACGACUUCAACAUCGCCACGUCAUCCCUGCACGCGCUGAGCAAUAGUAUGACACUGGCACGCAACAACAAUGACCGCCAAAGCCCGCACUCCUCGCCCCGCUUGCCCCGACGCCAGCUUCAGCAGCAACAACCUUCCGGCCAGGCACCAUCGGCACCGGUUCUCUCCAGCAACGAUAUCUACGCCGGAAGUCCCUCGGUGCUGCUGAUGUCGCUCGGCGGGUCAUCGAGUCAGCAGCAGCACCAGCACCACCAACAGGCGCAAGCAUCUUCCUGCACCGCACCCGGAAGUGCAGCAUCGGCAAACUCAUCCGCCAUAUCAUCAACAUCAUCAUCAUCAUCGUCAUCGUCGUCGUCUGCUUGUUCAUCAUCCACCACCUACUCCUCCUCCGCCACCGCUUCCUCAUCCACAACGUCAUCAUCGUCCUGCAACACCUCCUCCGCAGCGGGUGUCGGUCACACGCCAUCGUCCACCUGCGCCGGAUCCUCGUCCCUGCAGCCACUGCUAAGCACCCCGGCGGCCAUUGCGGCUGCGGUGGCCGCAUCCGCACCAUCCCAAGCCGCGGCCACCGUCUCCCAAACGGUCAACGGGAACCUUGCGACGCAUACCAACAUCUCACUCAACGGCGCGACCAGCAGCAGCGGCGGCGGAAGCAGUUCCAACACCGCAGCCGGCGGACACAAUCUCGUCAAGUGCAACAAAUCUUCAUCCUCUUCCCUUCUACCGCAGGGUGGAGCCUCGUCCUCGUCCUCGCCGUCGUGUUCCGGUGGGACCGGGCACCAUCAGCCGACGCACCAGCAAGCGAACCGGUUGAGUGCACCGGUCGGUUCCGGAAGUGCCGGCGCCAGUAACUCCCCGAGCAGCUACCUAAUUCUGAAGGCGCUCAACAAGGCGCUCUCGAGCGAUGUGACGGUGGCCGCCAGCGGCUCGAUGGAGUCAAUCUACCAGCACGGGUAUCGGCAGAGUGCAACGACGCCACCACCGCUUCCACCACGUAAAUCGUCCCCCGGUAUUCUCAGCAGUAACCUACCACAAUCGGGGGCGCCUUGCGAGAACCAGCGGCUACAGAAGUCGUCCUCGUCGGGGCGUGGAGGCCAAUCGUCACCGCUCCAGCAGCAGCAGCAGCAGCAGCAACAGCAGCAACACCAACACUUGCAAGCGAAUGUGACCUCCCGGACGCAAAUCAAUGCCGCCUCGAGCCUGUGUAACCUCUCGAACCAGAUCACCAGCGGGCUCAAUCUAUCGCGCAGCUCGGAAAAUCUCUCCUCGCUGGCCGCCCGGUUGGCGGCGGCAAAGGAGGGCGGUGGUUCGGCGGAAUCGACCUACCUUCCCUCGCCGCACCCCCCACCCGUGCCGAAGCAUCAAAACAUCGCCCAACCGGAGCAACACCACGGUGCAUCCUGCCCGUGCGCCAACGCGAACACCAGCAACAACACGGUUGAUCCGUUCGCCGGCGCUGGAGAUGGCUCGGCGCUAGACAAGGUGAUCGUUGGGCCGGCGGAAACGAUCGUCGGCAUUAUUGACACGCGGCCCCCGGAAGCACGGCAUCCGAUCAUCCUGAAGGUGGACGAAAAGUCCGACCAAAGCCUGAUCCUCACGACGGCGGGCGCACUCACGCCGAACAACGUGUACCAGUUCAAGCCGACGCUCGGCGGGGGCUCGGUGAGCGGCAGCGGCAGCAACCUGAACGGGCUCGUCACCGUGCAAACGGUCAGUGGCGGCAGUAGCGCCAACAGCAGCAGUAAUAGCACAAACACCUCGACGGCGGCGACCACGACGACGGUCGUGUUUAAGCCGGCACCGGCGCAACCCCAACCGACGCCCCAACGGCAACCACAGCCACAACCGCGCACCCAGUUCGGACAGUCGUCGCCGGCCUCCAACAACCACCAGCGGCACCAAUCGCUACCGGCGAACAGUGCCGCCGUGGGGACAAAGAUUCUUCCACAUCCGCCCUCGAAGUCGAUCACCUCGUCGCAGCUGGCGGCGCAAUCCAAGGGCUCAACGACGGUGGGCCAUCCACUGCUAUACCAGAACGUGAACCUUCCGUCCACGGGCAGCGCUUCUACCGGCGGGUCCGGCGGCCUCUGUCCGAUGAAGGAAGGCGGACAAUCGAGUGCGAGUGGUGGAAACCGGCAGCAGCAGCAGCAGCAGCAAGCGGCCCUUACGAUGGUGGCCAAUGUGUCCGGUAGUAGCAAUAGCAACAGUAGCAGUAACAACAACCAUCUAUCCAGCUCCAGCGGUCCGGCCAAUGCCGGCAAUGCCGGCGAACUGCGGAUGCAGGUGCUUGCCGGAGGCUCUAUGGCAAACUCGGCGCUGAACAACAACAACAACUCGAACGUGCCGUACGAAAACAUCAACCUGGAGUACAUCGCGCGGCUGAUGCAGGAAGGCUACUCGAAGGAGAACGUCAUCACGGCGCUCGGCAUCUCGCGGAACAACAUUGAGAUGGCGUGCGACAUACUGCACGAGUUUGUCAGUAAGAGUGGCGGGGGUUGAACGGCCAGCGUACAUAGGUCAUCCCGUUGCCAGGAGAGAGAGAUUGAGAAAGAGAGAGAGCCACGAAAGCGUGGAGGAAUUCAAUGAAGGUGAUCGUACGACUACGAAUUUCGUACCGGAUUUUACCAAAAGGAUACUUUAUCAAAAAAUACUGUCGAACCCCGUGAAUUUGCAUCACCACGCCUUGUUUGGAGAUCUUUUUUAAACUUUUCUCGUAAGCUUCGAAACAUGUCAACGUUUUCGUCCUGCCCAAAAUUUAAUAAAACUAUGAUGAUCUAUCAGGACAACCGAUAGAGAUGGGCACGGCUUGCGAACAACUCAUACCACCAAAGGAUACAGAAACGAUAGGACAAUGAGAUAAAGCAAGAUAAAUACCAGAAAAGCGGCAUACAAGAUGGAGAAAACAGAAGGCAAUAUUUAGAAUCGACUUGAAGGAAACGCUAUCAGAGUGCAUCGCCGAACGGUGGAAACAAAUUUAGAUUGUAAAUAAGUAGUUAGUUAGGAUCUGGCCAUGUGAUGACGAGAAGUAUAGGCGAUAACAGCAGCAAUAUCGUUGCACGGGAUGGGUACGGACGUAUGCAGCAAUUAAACGAUAUUGCAAUAGUCACCGAACAUUAGAGGAGUGUACGUUUAAGCUGGUUUUUGAAUUCACAAAUUUACCGCGUGUUGAAAAUUAGGGACUCUAUGUGACCAAUAUGUGACCUACCAUUAGUAACGGCUCUGGUGGCCUGUAGAACUAGAAGGGGACACUGAAGCGAGUGAUCUGAGUGUAGGUUUGUGUGUAUUCGUUCAUUCAUGAGAGAGUAAGGUAUUAUUCUUUCAUCAAAUGGAAGCUUUACUUUAAGUUCCUUAAAGACGAAGGCGGUGAUUUCAGACGGUUGCGCUCGACUAGAUAGACUUCCGGUAAAUAAAUUACCAGCCGGUGGGACGGGUUUGUUCGUUUACGGUUGAUCGCCAAUCAUUUCCCCCUUUCCCCCCACGCAGGGCGCAUUCAUACGAACUAUGGCUAUGGCUCUAGCACCGAUUCGUACGAUCACGGGUGCAAUAUUUUCAUAUUGAUAUUUAACAUUCCCAAUCGCGGAGCGGGGCUGAAAUAGUACGCGAUCGAAUCUAUGUAAGCGCACAAGAGGAACGCAAGGUUUGCGACAUUGCAAAAAAGGAGUUUGUUCAAUCCCGGAGGCUUUCCUUGGGGUAACUUUACCCUGUAUAACAUUACGCACGUGUGUGUAUACGCAAAGAACUGUGCCAAAGAGCUGUGCUGACUGUAAUGGCGGCCGCCAAGUCACGGUUCGGUGGUAGUAAUUGAAUGAGAAUCUCAUCUCGAUUCGGAUACUAAUUGAAAACACACACCAAACUGCUAGUCAUACGUCGUCGUCGACUCGUGGGUGUAUCAGCACAGGUAUUACGUGCGAUAGUAUGAAUGUACCAAAACGAAAGGAGUAGAAAACCGGGGGAGAAUCGAGAAAACUGUCGAGUCGAGAUUUCCACCCGGGGCAUAGGAAUUUAUUCCCGCCGAAAAUAGCAGCAGGAGUUGAUAAGUCAACUAAUCAAAUGAAGCUUUACUUUCGUUGAUAUUGUAGCUAUAAUUUAGUGCUUGCACGUGAAGGAGUUGAUAGGCACGGGAAGGAAAAUUAGGAUUGCAUCGAGGGCGUCCCUCGUACUCCUAGCAAGUUUAAAUGUAACAAAAGCAUUAGUGAUUUCGAGAAAGCGUGCGGAGAUAGUCAAUCGUCGAUGUACAGGAAGCAUUCAAUUGCACCCUUCUCUGUAGAGAAAAACGGGGUGCUUUCCCAUUUGAAAAAAUGAAACGGAUGAAUUGAUAAAGGUCAGUACCGCUGAAACCAAACAAAACGCACUUUUAAAAAUUUCAACAAUCCGCUCUCCGCAGCGGGAGCUAUAAGCAAUAGAGCAAACCAAAUCCUGGCGUAAAAUCGGUACAAAACGUGGUGGUACUCCAACAAACAAUGUGUUUGCAGGUUAUUCUUUGACUGUGCGAGCAAAAGUGAGUACGUGUGUGCCAUUGAUCGAACAUCGUGUGAAAUGGUAUCUUCUGCACCACCAUUUGCAUUCUCUCGAGUGACACUAUUUUCUCGUAGCGUAAUAUACUUAGCAACUGGUAAUACUCACUGCAUUUAGGCAGAAUAAUCAGUACCCAUGUAACCCCAUACCCCCCCUCCCCCUCCUCGUCCUUUUUUUAGCACAAUGAUAAGCAUAGGCUGUAGUCGAUAAAGUGGUGUAGUAGUGUACAUAGGAGGAAACGUUAGGUAAGAAAUAAGUAACACAAAAUGGCAAAGAAAGUCACAAGCCCGACGCCAAAUCUUGAGAUAUAGGCGUUGCGAUAAAACGGGGGAAAACGGAGGGAGGAAACAAACAUUGGUGAACAAAACUAACGGAUCGAGCUGUGGUUAAAAGCAAGUAACACGUAAUCUAAAAUAUGCAAUCAACAACGCGUAGCAAUGAAUUGUUUUACUGUUAGAGGAAACAUUUGCUCCCCGGAGAUUUGGAUAAACAAUAUGGGAUAAACAAAAAAGAAGUCGCUCGUAAAAGUUACGAAGCGAUAGCACGAGCGUAUAAGACUGGGUAAGCAAACAAUAUAAAUUACCAGCAGAAAGCCAGAAGAAAAAAGAGCAUAUAUUUUUUUCAAUCGUUCUUCAAACUCAAGCUUAAAUUUUCUCAAUAUCGCAAGAAAGACAAGCAAACAACCAUUACAACAACAAGUAUAAUCAUUCGAAAUAAA